AUGUCCAGAUCAUCCGAUCGUGAGUGCGCUCGUGAUUGCUGUUUCCUCAUCGGGAAAUGGAUCGUUACUAUAAUCUGCACCUCCGUCUUGGCCCUGAUACUCGUCUUUGUCAUUAUCAAACCGAAAGUGAUCAAGUUCCACGUUACUGAAGCUAUGCUCGCCGAUUUCAACCUCAACACCACCACCAACACCCUCUACUACAACCUCGCACUCAAUAUAACCAUCAGCAACCCUAACAAGCAGAUCAGCGAAGACUUCAAGCGCAUCGAAGCUAGGGCUUACUACGAGGACAAGAUGUUUGAUGCCGUGACUAUGACACCAUUUUCUCUGGGUCACAAGAAGAACUACACGUUGAGUCCGGUAUUUAAAGGGCAGAACAUCGUAAUGCUUGGAAAUUCUGAGCUUGCUCAAUAUAAUUCCGAUAAAAGUUCUGGAAUAUACCAUAUUGCUGUGAAGCUCCAUCUUCGGAUUACGGACAAGACGAGUGGGAUGGACCCUACCACCAUUAAACCCGUGGUUAAGUGUGACUUCAAGGUUCCAUUGCUUUCUAAGGGCACAAUAUCUGCUACUUUUCAGGCUUCUAAGUGCUCUCAUUUUUAA